AUGAAUUCAUUCAAUCAGAAUCAUCAAAGUAGCAGCUUCAGGUACAAUCCAAACUCAAACAAGAUGAACAAUUUAGAUGAUGAUGAAGAUGAUGUUGAAUUUUCAGGUUUUCUAGAUAUAUAUGUUCAUCAUGCUAAGAAUAUUCAUAACAUAUGCAUAUAUGAUAACCAAGAUGUAUAUGCUAAAUUCUCUCUUACUUAUAACCCUGAUGAAACCCUCUCCACAAGAAUCAUCAAUAAAGGUGGAAAAAAUCCAAUUUUUAAUCAAAAUUUGAGGGUAAAGAUUAUUCAAGUGGAUGCUGUUUUGAAAUGUGAGAUUUGGAUGUUUAGUAAGUCAAGAAAUCACUUAGAAGAUCAACUUUUAGGGUUUGCUUUGGUACCAAUUUCACAAGUUUUUGGUAGAGGAAAAGUGACUCAAGAUUAUAGCCUUUCUUCCACUGAUCUUUUUCAUUCUCCUGCUGGAACUGUUCAAUUAACACUUUCAUUAGACACAUCUUUCGAAAUGAAUUCAAGUUUGAGUUCAAUACCGCAAUCGGCUACUAAAUCUUCAUCGAUAUCUUCUGAAGUUGUUUUGCUUGAUCCAAUUGAAUAUUCUAGAAUUGAAUUUCCUGAUAUCAAUGUGGUGAAUGAGAAUCAGAAAAUGGUUUAUGAGUACUUCAAUUCGGAAUAUUACGCUUCCGUUUCAAGGCCUAAUUUAGUAGGCUCAUUGCCAUUUCUUCACCUUGGUGGUUCUCCUGAAGUUGUUGUUGAUUGUGACAUGACAACGGAUUCGUCAGGCGAGAAUCACGAAUCCGUUAUUUCUCCAAAUGGGAGCAAUCACAAUUCUAGGUUUCCUAGCUCUACUACUACAAGCAUAAACGAUGAUAGAAACUCGAAUGAUUCUGUUGAGAAAAAGAGUAACUUGAGGGACGACUCAUCGAAUUCUUUCAAUGUCUUAGGCUCGGUUGAAGAUAAUCAGAAUUCUGUUGCUUGUCCAGAUACUCGGACUUCCAAGAAAGAAAGUGAAGUUGGAAAUGAAAACAAGGAGCUAAAAUUCUCGAGCACAGAAAUGGAGACUAAUAAUAAUGGUAGGAAUCUAGAAGCUGCAAAAUUCGGUCAAGUUUAUUCCGUUCCAUCUCGAAACAUCGAUAUGAAGGCUGAGCAAUCAUCUAUGCAGCAACAAAUAGUUGACAUGUAUAUGAAAAGUAUGCAACAAUUCACCGAGUCUUUAGCGAAAAUGAAACUACCGAUGGACCUUGAUCAUAAGCCUAAUAAUGAAGAUCAAGGUGAUGUGAUUCAAAAUCACAGCAACGUCAAAUUAGAAGCCGCUGAUAAGAAGAAAAGCGACGGAUCGCGUGUGUUUUAUGGUAGUCGAGCGUUCUUCUAG